UCUGUUUACCUCUGAGUGUUCACACACAAACCACCAGUCUCCAAACCAGCCGGAAAAUCACUAAUGUGAGCUUUCUGGUGCUCCAUCCUUCAAGGAUUUGUGUGUUAGUGACACCGGAGCAAAAGUGAAGAUGAAUAAGGAAAUCAUGUCCCGCGUGGUGAAGAAGAGGCUGGCGGACCCGAAGGUGGUGCAGUACGUGUGGGCGGCCAUCGAGGUCGUCCGAAACCAGAAACAAAUCGCUAACAUGGACCGGAUCUCCAAGUACCUGAGCCGGAUGUUCGGGAUGCACCCGAAGGAGACGGCGCGGCAGCUGAGCCUGGCGGUGAAGGACGGGCUGGUGGUGGAGACGCUGACCGUCGGAUACAAAGGAUCGAAGGCCGGCAUCGAGCAGGAGGGAUACUGGCUGCCCGGGGACGAGAUGGAGCCGGAAGCAGAGGGAAACAAGCAGGAAUGGGAGGCAGAGAGUCACGACUGGUACUGCUUCGAGUGCCACCUCCCGGGAGACGUGCUCGAGUGUGACAACUGCUUCAGAGUCUACCAUCUCAAGUGUCUACCGGACGAGUUCAAGCCCAAAGACGGAGGCUCGCACUGGCAGUGUGGCGCCUGCAGGGGCAGUAAAAAGAAGAACCUGAACAAACAGGAGAUGAGUAAAUACCUGCGCUUCAUCGUCCAGCGCAUGAAGGAGAGGGCGGUCGACCUAGCCAAGAAAGGCAAAGACACGAAACACCCCAUGUACAAACGUUUGAUCCACACUGCGCUGGAGGUCUCCAACAUACACGAGAAUCUGUCUGAAGGAAAGUAUAAAAGUUUCGAUGAGUUCAAAGCCGACGCUCAGCUGAUCGUCCACAACACGGCCAUCCUGUACGGAGUUAACAGCGACCAGGCGGAAAUCGCUCGGCUGCUUUUCAGCGACACAUGCCACGAGCUGAACGAGUUGUUGUUGUGUAAAACCUGUUUCUACCUGUCCAACGCGCGGCCAGACAACUGGUUCUGUUACCCCUGUAGUCCUAACCAUGACCUGGUUUGGGCCAAAAUGAAGGGUUUUGGAUACUGGCCGGCCAAAGUCCUCCAGAGAGAGGAGAACCAGGUGGACGUUCGCUUCUUCGGACACCAGCACCAGAGAGCGUGGAUCCCGUCGGACAACAUCCAGGACAUCAAGGUGAAAGUCCAGCAGCUGCAGGUGAAGCGCAGCAGCGGCUGGAAGAAAGCCUGCGAAGAGCUGGAGGUUUACCAGCGCUUCGUGAGGGAGGGACGCUUCUGGAAAACAAAGAUGGAGGAAACCAACAUGGCAACAGAACAACAGCAGCAACAGCAACAACUACAACUACUACAACAACAACAACAAGAACAACAACAGCAGCAGCAGAACCAGAAGCAGGAAAGUGGAGGAAAGACGGAUCGUUUGGAGCGAACUGAUGAAGCCGAGUCCAGCAUUUCGUCCACCAGCAACGAACAGGUGCGACAUCUCAAAGGCAGCCUGGAGCCCAAGGCCAAGAAAAGCCGUCGAACUCAAAUAGUGGAGCCCAAAGAAGAAGCAAGCUCUCACGUCUCGUCUCUCCUGCAGGACCCCGAGCCAGAGAUGGAGGCGGUGAGCUCCAGUCAGGAGAUCCCCGUGUCCUCGGCUCCUCCUCAGCCAGAGAAGCUCUCCGUGUCCACGCAGACCAAGAAGACGAGCGGGGGGUCGCCUCGGACGCUGCACCGCGGCACGCAGACCAGCAGCGAGAGCGCCUGCCAGAACAUGUGCCACGAGAAGUACACCAAGGUGUUCAACGACGUGAAGGAGAUGAUGAAGGCCGACAACAAGAGGGAGACGGAGAGGGUGGUGCGGGAGGCGCUGGAGAAGCUGCGGGCGGAGAUGGAGGAGGAGAAGCGCCAGGCGGUCAGUAAGGCGGUGUCUGGAGCUCAGGGAGAGAUGGAGAGGAAGUGUAAGCAGGUGAAGGAGAAGUGUAAAGAGGAGCUGGUGGAGGAGGUGAAGAAGAUGGUGGCUCAACACAAACAACUCAUCUCCACCACCAAGAAGAAGCAGUGGUGUUAUAACUGUGAGGAGGAGGCCAUGUAUCACUGCUGCUGGAACACCUCCUACUGCUCCAUCAAGUGUCAGCAGGAGCACUGGCACGCCGACCACAAACGCACCUGCCGUAGGAAGAGAUGAACAAGCCCCGCCCCCUCACACCUGUACACACAACGCCAUUGGCUCCCCGAACCCCUCCCUCCCUCCCUCCCUUCCUCCUCCUGUCAGUCAGUGUCUACCACACACACACACACACACACACACACACGAUUCUCAACUACUUGCCUUCCUGAAAACUUUGUGUGAGACGAGCGAUCCCCCGUUUUUUUGUUUUUAUUAUUUAACGUGCCCCAUUUUAAUUGAUUUUAUACCAGAUUGCUCCGAUGCAGAGUAUGAUAAUGAUUUUUUUUGGGGAAGGGGGGAGGGGGGUGUUUUCUCUUUACUGAAGUGCUAACUUUGAGAAUGUGUUAUUUAAGUGUGUAGUAACGGACGAGCGUAUACAUUUUAUUACCUGGAUUUUUCAAAAUCACUUUUCUUACUGUAAAUGCAAACAAACACACCGUCGAUAUUACAAUAAAAAUUCAAAAAAAUACCGUAAGCACUAUCAGCAUCAAACUAGCUCCGCUUCCAUACGGGAAAAUUGUUUAAAAAAAAUCUGCGUAAGAUACUGAUUUGGCUCAUAAUAUAAUUUAAUUAGUUUUUCAAUGAAGCGGUGCAUAGCAUCUCUCCUAUGAUUUCUACCUACCUUCUUAUUGGGAACAGGGUUACUAAAGUUGGCCUUAAAAAAGACGCCGACAAAUAAAUCUUCCAUGUAUUAUUACAUUAUAAUAUAAUUAUGCACAUUUUGAGGCUCUUUAUUCAAGUUGUUACGAGUCAAAUAUGAAAGAAAAAAUACGUUUUUAAUUGGUUUUAAAUGAAGGGAAAUGCAGAGCAAUCUCCCCUGAGCUGGAUCUUGGAGAGGUCACAUGACAUGACAGUUUUUCACACUUUGUUUCCCAAAAGCUUGCCAAAAAAAAGACAUUGUAUCGAUCCUACCUACGACCAGGUCCUCGUCCUCAAACUGAAAUAAUUCUGUAUAUUUUUCAGAUUUCCGUGAGUCAUUUUUCUAGUGAUUUAUUUCUUUUUUUAACCCUUUCACUGCGUUGCUGUAGUUGGUGGUCAGUGCCUGUUUUCUCCUUUUCUCCAUGCAUGUUGAUGGCGUCAUCCUUUCAUUACGGUAAACAAACAACAACAAAGCUUGGUGUUUGAUAAGCAGUGACGACGGAUGGACCAAUAUAAAACUUUAUGCAAAAUGUGAUCAAACUAACCUUUUUCUACGGCUCUCCCUGCGGUGUUUAAACACGCCGGGAAACCCUCUCGUUUUUUUUUAAAAAGGGGCAAUUAAAUUGUCCGGUUUUUUCUUUGAGAAGUGCGACACACUUUUAAAGUCUGUUUCCUCAGUAAUGAAGACUGACUGAACGGAGGAAACACUUCACUUACUCUGUAUAGAUGGCUUUUUUUUUUACACACAGAUGGCUGUUAAUGAACGUGCUUCUGUUGACGUGUGACAAAUAAAAUACCGUAAGUCCUCACGUAGUGGGAGGAGCUUCUUUCAACUCCAAUCAGAUUUAAAGUCCUGAAGCUUCAUUUUACUUCAAAUAAAAACUCAUAAAAUGCCACACUGCAUACUAAUACACUAUGUACUAUGUAUUAAUUGUCCUUUUUUCUGCAGAAAUUGAGUAAAAACGAUCCAUUAAAUAGACAAACACCUUUGUAAAUCAUGUUGUGCCAGAAAACAUUUGUCAAAAACUGUAGAAUUACUCAAAUAAUAUGAAAAUGGUGUCAAAUAGAACGACAGAGACGGACGGCUUUGCUUUUGUUACGGCGCUCCGACGUCACCGAAGCCAUCUUUAUAUUAUAUUAUAUUAUAUUUAUAUAUCUGAUAUACAAGAUCAGCGCCACAGUACUACAUACUUACAAAAUGAAGUAUGUACUUUUUACUAGAAGAGUGUGUACUGUGACGUAAACGUGCAUUACUGUUUUAAACCAACAGCCAAAUAUACAACAUGUUUUAUAACUUAUAUUUCAACGUUAUAAUACAACUGCUCAUUAACUUCAAAAUUAAGAAAGCAAUUGAGAUAUUCUUCAAUAUAGCAGCUCCUCCGGUUCCUUAGUUGGAGCUCUGACUAAUGAUUAUUACAUGUUUUUAAUUAUCUAUCCAUUCAUUUAAAUAUGUGAUUAAUGUCAGUAAAUAGUGAGUAGGAUAUUCAUGUCUUUAAAUAUCCUGUUUUAUCCAUUUAACACUAAAAUAUAUCGCAUUUACAUGAAAUAUAAAACUGAGAAAAUCCCCGAUAUGAGGAGCUGCAACCUCAAUGAUCAAACAUGUGAAACACAUUUCUUAAUUGACUUGAUUUUGUCAAUACAAGGCAGUCUCAAAACUUUCUUAAAAUGGACUUUUGGAAAUAUUUUCCAGUUUCCUUGAAAGACUUUUAUUGUGAACUUGUUCAGAGGGACUACUUUCAGUGGCGGAUGAAUCCACAUGUGGUGCUCUAAUGAGUAUGUGUGGCAGCAGGGCAGUGUAUGAGGAGGUUAAAUCAAUAUAAAGUGCAUUAUGUGUGUUUUAAUAAUGCAACGUGCGGCUUUUUGAUGAGUUUUUAAUGGGUUUUGGAUGAAAACAGAGCUCUCAGGCACUAAAAAAUAUGUUAAAUCAAGCUUUAAGUCACACAAAAUACUUGUUUUGGACAAAUUCAACGUAUAUUUGAGUCUCUAAAUAAGAUUUUAAUUGGAAAUAACAGUGAAAAGAAAGGACUUCUAUCCUAAACAGUACGGUAAUGAAAAGGCAGCCCACUCUCAGAGGAUUUACGGUACCAGACUUCUCUCUCCUGAGUCUUUUUUAUUUUUUGGAAACUCAUUUAAGUGUAUCACUUUAAGAUGUAAUUGUACAGUUUGACCUCUCUCUGUUCAUCCCGCAGCUUCUGGUUUAAUACAAUGUUCUUCCUCUAUCUUCAUCAUCAUCAUCAUCAUUGCACUACAUGUAAAUAAAUCCUCCUUCAUAUUAUAUUGUAUAAAUGGAUUCACAGAUAUCUGUUUCUCCUGUGUUCACAGACGACUGUUAGUUCUAGUUUUGUACAAUGUACAACCGCUUAUCUCUGAGAUGUGUGUCACUUUCUUUCUGUAUUGUUUUUCAUUAGUUUUGAGUCACACACACUCUCAGCUAAACUGCACCUUCAGCUCACACACACACACACACACAUCUCAAACGUUGAUGAAACCCAAGCAAACGUUGAUUUUAAAAACUCCCUUUUCUGUCGAAGGUGACACAUUUUCUAUUACAGCUUUUUAUAUUCGUCCAUCCAGCCGUUUUAAUAAAAAGAGAAUAGGUCUUGGAUGUCAUUCCUGUUUUUUUUUUUUUACCUGCAUGAGUAAAGGUGUGUUUCUUUCGACUCCUUGAAAAAAAGACAGCAAUAUGACAAUGACGUUUAUACAUUUUCUGGAACUACAGUCGAGCUAAAAAGUGGUUUGAAUCCCUGAAAUUGGACUUGUUAUCGUCUUUGUUCCACAUAGUACAGACUGUGUGUACUAUAUGUCAGUGUGUGGAGUCAAAGCAGAAUAAAGUUUCCCCGCCUCAUCUUCUGUCCAUAUGUAAACUAUUAAAUGUGGUUUAACACUUAUUUUCUAUGCUCCUGACAUUUCGUUUUUGUUUUGAUGCUUUAGCUAGCAAUAUGUAUAUAAAUAUAUUCUAUGUGCUAACAUGGAGGAAAUAAAUGUAUCAACAAGUUU